CGCGUUCAAACAAACAACCAACUCCUCAGUUUUAUAAUAUUAGUAUAGAACAUGUUUAUAUGAUUUCGUAGUUACGUAGUGUCCCAAUUCAUGAAGCCAAAGCCCCCUCACCAGUACUGGGAGGAGGAGACCUCGCUGACGCUGGUCCCUGAAAACAAGAACUGUCUGCUGUGCGAGGCGCAGGACUCCGGCGCGUGUCGCUCCAUGCCCUCGUGCGUGUACUGCGAGCCCACCGUCACCGCGCUCUGCGAGAGGAGCACGCCGUGCCUCAGGUGCACCGUGAUCAAGAACCCGUUCUUCAAGUGCAUCCCCGGCGAGAAGUACAUGGACGAGUGCGACUCCUGCCGCUGCACGGACGGGCACAGCGGCUGGUGCACCAACCAGUACUGCGAGUUCAGGUCCCUGCAUCUCUACGCUAUGAAGCUCUCGGACGGAGAGUUUUAUUAAAUACCUUCAAAACUGAAA